AUGGCAGCCACUCAGAAAGGAAACUUGUCUGACUCAGAGCGAAGGAUCCUGCAGCUCAUCAGGGAAGGAGACGUUGAGGAGGCAGCCAAGCUGCUUGCCAAAACCGACAUAAGGAUCAACUGUUUGGAUGAGAAUGGGAUGACUCCUCUGAUGCACGCUGCGUACAAAGGGACAGCCGCCAUGUGUCGUCUGCUUCUGCAGUAUGGAGCAGAUGUCAACUGUAACCAGCAUGAGUACGGCUACACAGCGCUGAUGUUUGCUGGCCUGUCAGGGAAAACGGACAUUACUUCUAUGAUGCUGGACGCUGGAGCAGAGACCGACCUUGUCAACUCUGUGGGACGAACCGCCGCUCAGAUGGCUGCUUUCGUAGGUCAGCAUGACUGUGUCACAGUGAUCAACAACUUCUUCUCCCCAGCGAGGCUCGAGUACUACACUCGCCCACAGGGGCUGGAGAGAGAGCCCAAACUGCCCCCCCGCCUGGCCGGACCCCUGCACAAGAUAAUCAUGACCACCAACCUCAACCCGGUGAAGAUAGUCCUGCUGGUGAAGGAGAACCCCGUCCUGGUAGACUCAGAGGCUCUGCAGAAGUGCUACCAGGUGAUGGACUUGCUGUGCGAACAGUGUGUGAAGCAGCACGACAUGAACGAGGUGCUCGCCAUGAAGAUGCACUACAUCAGCUGUGUGCUGCAGAAAUGUGUUUCCUUCCUGCAGAGACGGGACGACAAGCUUGACGCCCUGGUCAAGAGCUUGCUGCGGGGGAGGGACAGCGAUGGAUUCCCUCAGUACCAGGAAAAGUUUAUCAGAGAGUGCAUCCGGAAGUUUCCGUACUGUGAGGCCACGCUGCUGCAGCAGCUGGGGCGAAGCAUUUCCCCGCUAGACAUCGGAAACUACCCCACAGCGUUCUCCGUGCUGAGUCAGGCUCUGACAGGGCAGAUGGCGAUGGUGGAUGCUGAUUACUGCGCCACGUGUGGGGAGAGGGGCGCCGAAAAGAGGUGCUCCCUCUGCAAGGCUGUUCUGUACUGCAGUGCAACAUGUCAGAAACUUCACUGGUUCACACAUAAGAAGAUGUGUGGCUCUCUGCAGGAGCAGGAUGCUGACCCAGUUGAGGACACCCCCACCUUCAGCCAGCUUAAAGAUGAUGAGAGCGACCUGGUGAUGGAGACAGCCAACUUCCUGCAGGAGCUGUGUCUGAGGGCAGAGUCAACGGUGGCUGCAGCAGGUGGAUGUCCUGCAGAGUUCCUCACCCAUCCAUCCACCUCAGCACCGAGUCCCACCUGUGGAGAAUGAGGGGUUGGAGGGGUAACUUGAGUUCCAGGGGAACAGAAGUCAGUCUGACCAGGUCACUGCGUCACAGCGGAGACAUCCAUCACUGUCAGAACAUGUACAUGGUUAGCAUUAGCCUUAGCUUUACCUAUGUGUAAGCUAACGUUCAAAAUAUAAUCAAAAUUCAAAAUUUGAAAACCCUGUAAAAAGAGCAGCAAAGCAGAAUGAAGAAGAAUAACUAGUUGAGUUUGUGAACUUUUAAAGUAAAGAUUGUGUGAAUGUGGUUAGGAACUAAACAUAUUAAUGAUGUUAGCUCACUUUGAUAUAAAUCUGUAAAUAUACAUGGUAUUCAGAAAGUAUUUAGACCCCCUUCAUUUUUUUUCAGUUUUGUUGAAAUGAGCCUGAUGCUACAGUUGAGAUGAUUUUUUUCUCUGAUUAAUGAACUCUCAGUAUGCUGUACUGACAAAAUGA